CUUUCUUUUGGUCAAAGGAAAACAAUGGCGUUUAAUUUCUCCUUUGGAGAUUAAUCAAGAAGAGUUUAAUAUAGUUAACUUUUUCUAUAUAAUGGUUUUGCAAGCACGGUUAAUGUAUUCGGGGCUAGCAAGACAAUAGAGGUUAGAUAGCUCUGACGGGAGUAAGAAGUAGGUUAGGUCACCUGUCCAUAAAAAAGAUCAAUAGCCCUAAUAUAGGGAUGCCGUGGAUGGAUUUUAGUCGUAUACGAUGGGAUGAUGAUGAAAUAAAGAAAAGGGAUGAUGAUGAAAAAGAGAGCUAUAACUAUAUUAUUAAUCAUGCAGCUCAAAUGCACCUAGUUGUGGCUACACUAAUAGUGACGGUCACCUUCGCUGCCGGUUUCACAUUGCCAGGAGGUUUUGAGAGCGACCGCGAUAGCCCUAAUAAAGGGAUGGCAAUUCUUACGAGGGACACAGCAUUCCGUGCAUUCGUUGUUACCGAUGCCAUAGCCUUCGUAUGCUCCGCGGGCUCUGUGUUCAGCUACUUCAUCAUGGCAUUGUAUCAGGCAACCACCAAAGAAGAGAGGAGAGUUAUAAUAAACAUUUAUGAGGUUGCAACGACUUUGCAGUUUCUCUCAAUGUCAGCAGUUGUAAUUGCAUUUAUAACUGGUUUGUAUGCUACUUUGGCACAUUCAGGUGGUCUUGCUGUUACUGUUUGUGUCAUCGGUUGCCUCUUUUUCCUAAUUUACGUGUUAGUUUUCUAUCUUAUAAUCAGAGAAUUAUCUGGGAUUUAAACUCUAGGGGGUUCAAAAUUUUAAUUUUUUUAGCAUCAAACCAUUAUAUUUCUAAAGUUAUGGGUUCAUAUCUAGAAUUUUUUAUAAUUUUAGUAAAUUUUUACACAUAAAUUUAUACUCCGCAUCACAAGUUUGGAGUUCAAUUGAACCGCCCGUUACAAUGCUCCAUCCGCCUCUGCUAGUUAUAAUUCUAAGAUGAUUGACUGAAGACAUAUGAGUAUAAUGCAUGUAGUGUUUCGUUAUGUGUUGUAUGUUGUGCUAUUUAGUAUAUUCAAUGUAUAUGUAAGAAUAUUUUGCAUCAUUAGGUAACCUUUAUUUAUUGUCGGAUUAGUUUCAGCACAGUAAAUGUGGCACCUAAGCAGAAAGAUAAAAAGAUAAACUGACAAAAUAGUUCUUAUGUUUGAGGUAAGGCUCAAAUAGUUCCUUAUAAGUAUAUAAUUAACAGUUAUGAUCCUUUAAGUUUGAGAAAAGUUACACUGUAUGCUUCAAUUUGUACAUUCUAUAAAUAUGUAGAAUGUACUAAAAUGUCCCUUUAUAUUGUGGUCUAAAACAUGCCAUGUGAAAAAUUAAAAAUAAAGAGUUGUCAAAAAACAAAAGAUGCAUUUUUUAAACGGGCUAAAAAGGAAAGACAAAUAAAUUGACACAAGUCGAUUCGGUUAGGAUUUCUCAGUUUUUUUUUUUUUUUCCUAUUUAAACCCAAAAUGGAACCAGAUGUCGUCAAUUUCUAAAAUUAAAGAGCAAACAAAAAAAAUGUCGUUUUUUUCCCAAGGUUUGGUUUGGAUUUUCAUUGAACACCCCUAACUACAGAUGUUUAAUCAGAAUGAGACCUACUUGAGGUGUUUAAAUAGAAAAUUGUGGCAACGUAGGUGUCUCCGUCUGUAUUAAGCCUAUAUAGAAUGAUGACCGGUACAUUCAAUGAAACAGUAUCGCAGACAAGCUACUUUCUUUAUGGGACUGAAGAUCCUCUGUCUAUUAGCAUACUCGUAACCUACGGGAUGGUGGUUCGAGUCAUCCUGUGAUUAGAGAAGAACACAGUUGAUCCCUUGGGUCGGGGGUGGGGGGGGGGUGGUGGGAGGAA